CUUCGAACGCGUGCAGUUGGGUUCGAUUCGAUUAGAUACUCCGCUCCGCUCCGAUCCGAUCUGUGUUUGUUUCGCUGCGUGACGUGACUCCUGGGCCCCCGACCAGGUACUACUACUUACAAUCACCCACCAAAAGCCGGUUACAGCCGGGAUGCAGAGCGGCGACCAAGGAUGCAGCUGAUGCGCCAAGCCGUUGCGAGGCUGGCUUUUGUAUCUUUGGGAUACAAAUUAAGUUGAUUUGUUGCGCUCGCGUUCUCCUUUGGGUAAUUGAACCCUGCUCCGCUUCGGUAUCUGUGCGUCUUCGAGCAUUGCAUUGCAUUUUGUGUAUCUAGAUACCUUUGUCGGUAUCCGUCAGAUAUCGUACUCCGCCUCCGCCGUGCACCGCGCCGCGCUUGUCAAUCUGUUCGCUGAUAAAGAAGAAACCCGGUACAACUACGAAAUACAAGCGGACACCCGACAGAUACUAUUCCUCUAGAGAUACAAAUACAACAACAACAACAAUCACAAACAGCCGUGGAGUUUGUUCGGUGAUAAAUGCAUGCGUUCCCAACUAUGUAAAUAGCAAUUUAAUUUGAGUGUCCACAGUAAAUAUCAAAAAACCGCCCCGGACUCCGGUAACCACCAUACACCAUACACCAUCCCCAAUCCCAGUACCAGACCAGACCCAAUCUCUCCAGUGUUCGGAGCCCCUGAAAAAGGGCAGUCGUGGUCGUCAUCAUCGCCGUCGUCGUCGUCGUCUGGCAUCCAAAUAUUGAAUAUUUACAAAUGCGUUGAGUGCAUUUUCGAGUGGCCGGCACUUUCAGCGACGACUCUCUGGUGGUUGUGCCUUGCCUGCCGUGUGUGUGCGUGUGUGUUCGAGAGUGUAUUCAUCGGAUUGUCAGUCAUAAAGCCCGUAAAACUCCAAUCCGUCGACUAUAUAACCAAUUCGCGUGUGUGUUUUCGAGUGUGGCUUCGAUUUUAUCACUUGCUAAUUGAGAACAGAAGUGGAUAUAUCCAUCGAGUGCAAGGAUAAAACUUCAAAUUAUAGAUAUGGCAGCAAAGCACAUCCUGGCGCUGGCUUUGAUGAUGGCUUCUGUUUGGGCCAGUUCAUCGCAAUUCCGGCGAUUACCCCAGAGCCAGUCGGUGGUGGAGAAUGAAUCCGUUGACUUUGAGUGCGAAUCCACAGAUUCGUCCAGCGAACUGCACUACGAGUGGUUGCAUAAUGGUCAUCGGAUCGCAUACGACAAGCGUGUCUAUCAAAUCGGCUCCAAUUUACAUAUCGAGGCAGUGCAGCGGCCGGAGGAUGUCGGCGACUAUGUCUGCAUCGCGACAAGUUUGGCCAGCGGCGCCAGGGAGGCGUCUCCGCCAGCCAAAUUGAGCGUGAUAUAUCUCGACUCGGCCAGUGUGCAGCUGCUGGGCAACAAUCGCAACGAGUUGCUACUCAAGUGCCACGUGGAGGGCGCCUCUGGGGAUCAGGAGCCGCUCCAGAUCGAAUGGUAUCGCAACAGUGCCAAGCUCAGCAGCUGGAUGAAUGUCCAGCUGGAUCAGCACCGCCUGAUUGUACGUCAGCCCACGGCCUCGGAUGAUGGUCUCUACCGUUGCACGGCCGCCAAUGCAGCUGGAAGAGUGAUGAGCAAGCAGGGCUAUGUCUAUCAAUCGAAUGUAAAAUGCCUGCCCAGGUUGCCCAGGAGAAAGAACCAGAAGCUACUGGAGUCCUGGAACAAGCAGACUUUCCUGUGCCGUGGCAAGCGUGGUGGAUCCGGUGGCUUAGAGUCAUUGCCACCUGCUCCCGAGGAUCUAAGGAUUGUCCAGGGACCCACUGCCCAAGUGAUCAUCAAGGAGGGGGAACCGGCAGCCCUGACGUGUCUCUAUGAACUUCCUGCUGAGCUGCAGAAUCAGAGAAUACAACUUCGUUGGCGCAAGGAUGGCAAAGUCCUGAGGCAAGUGGAAUUAGGUGGCUCGGUGCCUAUACCGGGACACUCCUCCGACUCUGGCAAGGAUGCUUUGCUCAGGGAAGAUGCUCGACUUGUGCUGCACAAGCAGAAUGGCACCCUGAGCUUCGCCAGCAUCAUAGCCAGCGAUGCGGGUCAGUAUCAGUGUCAGUUGCAACUGGAGGGUCAUGCUCCUAUCAAUUCUGCACCUGGCAUCCUGGAGGUUAUCGAGCAGCUGAAGUUUGUGCCGCAGCCUACGUCUAAGAAUCUGGAACUGGAUGCAGUGGUGGCCAAGGUGCAUUGCAAGGCUCAGGGCACACCGCCACCGCAGGUGCAGUGGCUAAGGGAUGCCGUGAAUACCUCGCUGACCAAUCAAGUGGAAGUGGAUGCCAAUGGAACGCUUAUCUUCAGAAAUGUCAACUCCGAGCACAAGGGUAACUACACAUGUCUGGCCAGUAACUCCCAGGGUCAGAUCAAUGCCACUGUGGCCAUAAAUGUGGUGGUAACCCCCAAGUUCAGUGUCCCGCCUGUGGGUCCCAUAGAGACCGCUGAGCUGGGCACCGUGGUGAUGCACUGCCAGGCCAUAGGUGACCCCAAACCCACCAUCCAGUGGGACAAGGAUCUGAAGUACCUCAGCGAAAACAACACAGAUCGGGAGAGAUUUAGGUUCCUGGAGAAUGGCACCCUGGAGAUUCGCAACGUUCAGGUGGAGGACGAGGGCAGCUAUGGCUGCACCAUUGGCAACAGUGCGGGACUCAAACGAGAGGAUGUCCAGUUGGUCGUGAAAACCGCCGGCGAUGUUUUUGUACCCGAGGAAACCAGCGGCGAUGGUUUCUUGGUCACCCGAGCCGUUCUCAUCACCAUGACCGUAGCCCUGGCCUACAUAGUUCUCGUGGUGGGUCUUAUGUUGUGGUGUCGAUAUCGUCGUCAAGCCCGAAAGGCGCGCCUAAAUGAGCUGAGCACCAAGGAGGCUGGCGGAGAUCAGGCAGAGCCCGCUGGUAAUGGCAAAGGUUCCGAGCAGGAACCAUGUCUCUCCAAGCAGCGCAACGGGCACAGCAAGUCCCGUUCCAAGUCCAGCGGAGAUGCCCAGAAAUCCGAUGACACUGCCUGCAGCCAGCAGUCGCGGGCCUCCAAGAAAUCCUCCCACAUCUACGAGCAACUGGCUCUGCCACGCUCUGGCCUCAGCGAGCUCAUCCAGAUUGGACGCGGCGAGUUUGGGGAUGUCUUUGUGGGCAAGCUGAAGGCCACACUGGUAACUGGUGGCUCCUCCUCACCCUCUGACAAGGAUGCGGACACGGAAAAGCAGCACAGCAACAGCGAGAAUGGCAGCGGUGGCAGUGGCAGUGGGAGCACCACUCUCAGCACUUUGAACGAGAAGCGACGCUCCAAGACCUCCAUGGAUGACAUCGAGGAAAUCAAGGAGGAGGAACAAGAGCAGCAACAGCAGCAGGACCAGUCCGGCCUUGACCAGUUGGUCCUGGUGAAGGCUCUCAACAAGGUAAAGGACGAGCAGGCCUGCCAGGAGUUCCGGCGACAACUGGACCUGCUGCGUGGCAUCUCCCACAAGGGUGUGGUGCGUCUCUUUGGUCUUUGCCGCGAAAAGGAUCCCCACUACAUGGUCCUGGAGUACACAGACUGGGGUGAUCUCAAGCAGUUCCUGCUGGCCACUGCCGGUAAAGUCAACACAGCCACCGCUGGUUCUUCAUCGCCGCCGCCACUGACCACCAGCCAGGUGCUGGCCGUGGCCUAUCAGAUUGCCCGAGGCAUGGACGCCAUAUACAGGGCAAGGUUUACACACAGGGAUCUGGCCACUCGUAACUGUGUCAUCUCCAGCGAAUUCAUUGUCAAGGUCUCCUAUCCGGCUCUCUGCAAGGACAAGUACAGCCGCGAGUAUCACAAGCACAGGAACACGCUGCUUCCCAUCCGCUGGCUGGCACCCGAAUGCAUCCAAGAGGAUGAGUAUACCACCAAGAGCGAUAUCUUUGCCUAUGGCGUGGUGGUGUGGGAGCUGUUCAAUCAGGCCACCAAGCUGCCGCACGAGGAGCUCACCAAUGAGCAGGUGGUGCAGCGUUCCCAGGCUGGAACUUUGGAGUGGACAGUGGCUGAGGCCACGCCUGAUAGUCUAAAGGAGAUAUUGCUCUCCUGCUGGGUGUCCAACCCCAAGGAGCGACCCUCCUUCAGCCAACUGGGGGCUGCCCUGAGCAAGGCCAUGCAGAAUGCCGAGAAGUAAGGCCCAGGACUGACAGAGCGAAUGCCAAAAAGUAAAUCGUAGUAUUGUCUUUAAAAAAAAAACUGCCCGAGCAUUAUUUUCAAUCCUAGUCUUAAGUUUCGAUGGAUGUCUAAGUCUGGGCGCCUGUUCAACAUGCGUACUUAAAGGAACACGGAUCGAUAUACAUAUAACAUAUACAUUAUGGCUAUAUUUUAACAGUAACUGUACAAACAAAAACAAGAUAUAUAAUAGAUUCGAAAAGUAUUUGCGUGGUGCUGCGUAUAUACUAUAUAUGCAGCUAAAAUGUAUAUAAAAACUGCUACAAAUAUUGCAUUUAAAAACCAGUUGAAGCAUUUCUAGGAUUACAAAAACAAUUUUAACCCUCAUCAGCAGCAUUUUAUAAAACACUUUUAAGCUAAUUUAGUGAGUAAAUAAAAACACAUCACAACGAGCGAGGAAAAACUAAGCCAAAUUUUAAGUUAAACAAACACACACACAACCACAUUUUAUUAUAUGCCUAGUUAUACAUUUAUAUCCAUAUAGAACUAUAUACUAUAUAUAGUAUAUAUGUGCAUAAGCCGAAAACAAAUUCAUGACUAGCCAUUUAAGCUUCGAUGCAUGUUUACAAAACAUUUAAAUAAACACGAAUAAAAAUAAAUUUAACCAAAAAAA